AUGAAUCGCUCUAGACUCGACGUCUGUGUCAUCGGUGUCAAGUUGAAAGGUGGAGGUCGUGCAACAUUCGGAAAUUCGGUUUGGACGCACAACAUAUUCGCAACGGCUUUCCGAGACCUGUGCGCGCUUGACAGCUUUUCGACAGCGGGUAUCCUAGCUUUUGCGGCUUCCAUUGCCGAGCGGUAUACGGAACGAAGACUAGCUUUUGCCUUCCAACUCGAUGGUAGCGCAUUCAUCGGUUACUCGGAGAGAAAAUGGCUCGAACGCGCCUUGCUUAUGCCAAUUGACAGCACCCCUACGCUUACCGUACCCAACGCCGUAUUGUUGUAUCGCCGUAUCGACACUAAACAUUAA